AUGAUGGACAAGGCUGAUGAGGCUACGAAGGCACGAUGCCUUGAUUGGUCCACUGUUUUUAAGCAAGAUUGCAGUAUGCUCUAUGCUGCCGCUGGAGUGGCUGACCUCACUGCGAGCGGAGAUACUGCCCUCGCUGCAGGCGAUUACGACAGGGCUAUCGAGCUCUACUCUACGACGAUCGAGCUCGAUUUGGCAUCCGGUACAAUUUUUGCGAACCGUAGUAAGGCGAGGUCGGGAAAAAUGCUAUGGGACGAUGCACUCCUUGAUGCAGAGAAGGUGAUCGAACUUGACCCCUCAUCUUACUUUGGAUAUCAGUUGAAGCAUGAAGUACUUCACGGCGCACACCGAUAUGACGAAGCGAUCGACGCAUUCCAAACCAUGCUCUCCCAGUUGGAAAAUGCUGCUGACACACAAACACACAGGCUGCGCCAACGAUACCUUAAUCCAUCCAAAGCAGAAGGAGUUAUUCAACAGACCAUUAAUGAUCACCUCGAUGACGCCCCGCAUCGUAUGCUGAAUACCCUUACUGGGUGCUUAUGCGAUCGACAGGCACAGAUCGGUGCCUUCAAAACGAGCACAGAGUACAAGGAGCUUUUGUCAUCGACAUUGAUGCAUGCAGAACUCCGAAUGGAGCGCAUUAAAGAUGUCGUGGCGACGUACUUCUGUUGUGUCACGCUAUCGCAUCGCUGGGAAGGGAAUGAACCGCUGCUGCACGACGUCCAGGACAAGGUCGUUGAUGAGUUGAAUCCGGUUGGGGGCAUCAUAAAGUUGCAGUCUUUCUGUAAAACUGCUCGUGCUGCGGGGUAUCGCUGGGUGUGGAUUGAUUCAUGUUGCAUCGACCAGGCCAAUAACGUCGAACUCCAAACAUCGCUCAAUUCCAUGUUCGACUGGUAUCGCACCUCAGCGCUCACGAUGGUCUACCUAUCAGAUGUUCCGCCAUCGUCAAAACAAGGUGCUUUGGCAAGGAGCUCAUGGAACACGAGAGGAUGGACCGUACCUGAAUUCCUCGCUCCAAAAGUCGUCCGCUUCUACCAAAGCGAUUGGACUUCGUAUCUCGACGACCACUCUCCCAACCACAAGCAGUCUGUCGCGAUCAUGCGGGAGUUGGAGGGUGCGACGGGGAUAGAUGCACAAACCCUUGUCGCAUUCCGUCCUGGAAUGAUAAACGCCCGUGAGAAACUUCAGUGGGUGUCGACCCGUGUCACCACAGUGCAGGAAGACAUCGCAUAUUCAUUAUUUGGUAUUUUUGGUGUUCGGCUUCCUGUCAUGUAUGGUGAGAAGAAGCAUAACGCGCUGGGGAGGCUCUUGCAGGAGAUCGUAGCUCAGUCGGGCGACAUCAGCGCCCUGGACUGGGUGGGGCAAUCAUCCGAAUUCAAUAGCUGUCUACCAGCCGACAUUACAUCAUACAAAGCUCCACCACACACCCUGCCAUCGUUGUCCGAAAAUGACAUUCAGACGUCAAUCUCCCCGCUCGGACAUGUCGCGGCUGUGGAUUUGGCCUUGAAACUUUAUGUCCUGCUCGACGACCUGAACGCGCCUCGUUUUGGGAACUGCAGACUGCAUCUGCCUUGCCUUGCAUUUCGUGUCACAGCAGUCAAAUGGAGUCGUGCCGAAGACCAGGAUAUAUAUGAAGUUAAGGCCGACGGGCUUCAUGACCUACUGAUCACAACGGAGGACAAGCUGAAUCAGUUCUUAUCGCCACGACCCACGAUGCAGACAUUCUUACUUGUUCGUCCGUGGAAUCGGUUUCUCCUCGGGCUUCCUGACUUCGCGGAGCAGUCUGGCUUGGCAGAGCUGCCUGACAUUGUCGAUGACACGCAGAGUGAAGAUGAUUAUUGGUCUGCACCCGGGUCUCCAUUACAGAAUUCCUCUGGUGGGUUCUCUGGAGCACAAGAGUCGGUUGAUCCCGAACUGAGCGAUCGAGCCUUGCGAUUAGUUGCUCGCCUUGGGCAGCCUUUUGGAGCAUUUUUGCUAGCGCAGCAGCGCGGCGGAGAAUACAAGAGAAUCGCGUCAGAUCAUGCUAUUAUUGCACAAGUCCAAGACCUUUCUUCUAUUCCAGACAUGGUCAGGACCCUAGAGAUAUUGUAG